AUGGCCACCACUCCCAACCAGUUCAUUCUCCCAGACUUCUUAUCUAUCAUGCCCUUUAAAUCGUCCUUCAAUCCUCACUUUGAAGAGGUUGCAGCCGAAUCCAGUGUCUGGAUCAACAGCUUUAAAGUCCUACCAGACCGGAAACGUACCUUUUUUCUUCAAAAAAGCGGCGAGCUCCUUUGCGCAUACGUCUACUGUUAUGCGACCUACGAGCGACUCCGUACGGCCUGUGACUUCAUCAACAUUCUGUUCAUCUUCGAUGAACUCAGUGAUGAUCAGAAUGGAAAGGAUGCUUAUUCCGCUGGCCGCACUUUUCUUAGUGCUCUACGUGACCCUAGCUGGGACGAUGGCUCAAUCUUGGCCAAAAUAGUCAAAAGCUUCCGAUCUCGCCUGUUUGAAGUUGAUGUGCCUGCUUGUCAUCGCCGAUUCAUUCAGCAUUGCGAAGAUUACGUCAACGCCGUCGCUGUCGAGGCGGAGCUGAGGGAGCGGAAGGAAGUCCUCAGUCUCGAUGCAUACAUACUGUCGAGGCGCAACAAUAGUGGCACUAAGCCCUGUCUUGAUCUCUUCGGGUAUGUCCUUGGCGUAGACAUUCCGGAUGAAGUCUACGAACAUCCGGUGUUGAUGCGCAUGUAUCUCGCGGCAGCCGACAUGGUCAGCUUGUCGAAUGAUCUAUACUCAUAUAACAUGGAGCAGGCCAUGGACCAUCCGGAACACAAUCUCGUGACGGUGCUCAUGAAUGAGAAGUGCUGCGAUCUCCAGACCGCCGCAGACUAUGUCGGCGUCCACUUCAAGUUAUUGGUAGAUGGCUUUUUGGCGGACAAAGCCCGACUGCCCUCGUGGGGAUCCGAACUGGACACUGUUGUCGCGAACUUUGUGAUGGCUAUGGAGAAAUGGGUUGCUGGAAAUUGCGACUGGAGUUUCGAGACGCAACGAUACUUCGGUCCUGCACGCCAUGAGGUGAAGCAGACUCGUGUCGUCAAAUUGUAUUCCAAGAGCACGGAGGCAAAAUAG